AAUCUGGGGACAGUAACAGUUAAAGAAGCUGGAGAAGCAGGGCCAAAUAAAACCCUCCCUAUCCCACGUGACAAGGGCAGCUCAUGUCAUCAGCAAAUGGGAGCGGCAAGGAGUAGACCAUAUGGGUGGCCCAGUUCUGGAUCCUCGCAUGCAGUUAGAGUUUGAUCUCAGGCCAGGAUUGGAAAGGUGUUGGGUUUAAGCGGAGCUGGGAAGGGUUAGACGGAGAAGACGAGGGAUGCUGGGACAAUCUAGGGUGUUGAACAGUUGCUGAAUGGGACUGGGUGAGCGGUGAGGAGCGUAACCGCAAAUAGCGGGCCGGCGAAGACAUGUUCUGCUGGAUGAGCCCAGGUUCCACCUCCCCGGCCAGGAGGCAGAAUAAGGAGAAGGAGAUCAAGGAGACCAAAAUCACAAUCAACUGCGUCACCUUCCCUGUGUCCGCGUCUGCGCUGGAGCAGCAGCUUCUCAAGCCCAAUGAAUGGAGCUACUGCGACUAUUUCUGGGCCGAUAAGAGGGACCCUCAGGGGGCCACGGUGUCAGGGUUCGAGGUGCUGCUGCAGAAACAGCUGAAGGGGAAGCAGAUGCAGAAAGAGAUGGCAGAGUUCAUCAGAGAAAGGAUAAAAAUCGAAGAGGAAUACGCCAAGAACCUUUCCAAACUCUCCAUGUUCCCGAUGGCAGCACAAGAGGACGGGACUCUUGGAGAAGCUUGGGCCCAACUUAAGAAGAGUCUUGCUGAUGAAGCCGAGGUCCAUCUCAAGUUCUCCUCAAAGCUCCAGAGUGAAGUCGAGAAACCUUUACUCACCUUCAAAGGAGACAACUUUAAAAAAGACAUGAAGAAAUACGACCACCACAUCGCUGACCUGAGGAAGCAGCUGGUCAGCCGUUACUCUGCUGUGGAGAAGGCACGGAAGGCUCUAGCAGACAGACAGAAGGAUCUUGAGGUGAAAACACAGCAGCUUGAGAUCAAAUUGAGCAACAAAACAGAGGAGGAUAUUAAAAAAGCCAGACGGAAAUCCACACAAGCAGGUGAUGAUCUAAUGCGUUGUGUGGACCUUUACAAUCAGGCUCAGUCAAAGUGGUUUGAGGAGAUGGUCACCACAAGUCUGGAGUUGGAGAGGUUGGAGGUGGAGCGGGUGGAGACGAUACAGCAGCUUCUGCGUCAGUACACCACACUGCGGCACGAGACGGACAUGUUCAACCAAAGUACAUUGGAGCCGGUGGACCAGCUUCUGCAGAGCGUGGAUCCUGCCAAAGACCGAGAGCUCUGGGUAAAGGAACACAAGACUGGGGAUCUGAGACCUGUGGACAUGGACAUCUAGACAAAACACACUCACACACAUAUUAUACUAUAUGAAUCUACCUGCAUGCCUGUCUACUGGAGUACUUCAACCUCUCAGCCAAAGCCAUA